AUGGCUGGAGCUUUGCCGCGACGAAUUAUCAAAGAAACGCAAAGGCUGAUGGCUGAUCCAGUGCCGGGCAUCUCUGCAAGUCCGGACGACAACAAUGCACGAUACUUCCACGUUAUGAUUGCCGGUCCUCAGGAUUCUCCUUUUGCGGGCGGUGUGUUCAAAUUGGAGCUGUUUCUACCUGAAGAAUAUCCUAUGGCUGCACCCAAGGUAUUAGUUCCUGGCUUUCCUUCGCUGAAAUUCUCCCUACGGCAGCAUGUGCCCAACAUUCUGACAAAGGAUUCUGUAAUUAUAAGUUUUGAGCACGAAUAUUACCAUGGUAGAAUAUAA